AUGGAUAACAUCCAGAUCCUGCACGAAUGCAAAGACAGCCGUGAUGACCACUUUGCUAACCGACGCUCUCAUGCACAAGACGAUUUCAUAGGAGAAACAGAUGAAGCUGACAUCCUUGAGCAUCUGGAGUCUAUUGAGUCAUCUACAUCCUUCCAUGCAACGCAGUCAAUGUCCAGCGUACAUGACUGUUUGAAGCAUGUCGAAGAAACACACCUGUUUGAGUCAAACAUCGCUGGCCAGCGCUAUGAUGGUCUACUCCAAUCCGCAGAAGCAGAAGAUAUCAUAGCAUCAGACUCUCCUGACCUUGAAGCUGAAUGGAAGCAGGCUUACGAUCAGCGCCGAGACGAGUGGAAGAACCGCAUAAUGAACCAAGGGUUGUAA